AUGGUGUACAAGGCGAAAUUAUCCUCCGGGGACGUGGUAGCGGUGAAAAGAGCCAAGGCGGACCGGAAGCAGGAUGCAGGGAAAUUCCGAAAGGAGAUUGAGCUGCUGUCUCGGGUCAGCCAUAAGAACCUGGUGCGACUGGUGGGGUACUGCAGGGAGGGAGGCGAGCAGCUGCUGGUGUAUGAGUAUGUGGCGGGAGGGAAUCUGUCGCAGAACCUUAACCCGACGUGGAGAGAACGCCACAGCCGUCCGCCUCUCAACUGGACAGAAAGACUCCUCAUAGCAGCGGGCACGGCACGAGGACUAGCAUACCUGCACGAGGAGAUCAACGUGCCCUUCAUCCACCGGGACGUGAAGCCCAGCAACAUCAUGAUCGACCGCCACGUGGUGGCUAAGAUCGCUGAUUUCGGCACGACCAAGCCCAUGACUCCGGAAGAGCUGAGGAAGAUGUCAGUCACCAUCCAAGGCACCGCUCCCAGCAACGUCAUGAUCGACCGGCACGUGGUGGCCAAGGUUGCUGACUUUGGCACGUCCAAGCCCAUGACGCCUGAGGAGCUGCGGAAGACGUCAGUCACCAUCCAAGGCACCGCUGUGAGUGCUCUUGGGAGUGCUUGUUGUGAGUGCUCACGGGUAGUUGAGUGGCGAGUGAGUCCAGUUCCACUUGCUGACUUUGGCACGUCCAAGCCAAUGACGCCUGAGGGGCUGCAGAAGAUGUCAGUAACCAUCCAAGGCACCGCUGUGAGUGCUCUUGGGAGUGCUUGUUGUGAGUGCUCACGGGUAGUUGAGUGGCAAGUGAGUCCAGUUCCACUUGCUGACUUUGGCACGUCCAAGCCCAUGACGCCCGAGGAGCUGCGGAAGAUGUCAGUCACCAUCCAAGGCACCUCUGGCUACUGCAACCCGGACUAUCUACCCGGUCCCUUCAUCCCAUUCCAUACUGCCCCCCAUACACCCCCCUCCCGCGCCAACCCCUUCCCCCUCAGGGCUACUGCGACCCGGGCUAUCUGCACAGGGGGCACUUCCUACCCUGUCCCUUCAUCCCACUCGCCCUGCCUUUGUUUGCCCUCCCUUGUGCCUUUUCUCCGCCCCUCAGGGCUACUGCGACCCGGACUAUCUGCGCACGGGGCACUCCUCCGAGCGCAUCGACAUGGCUACUGUGACCCGGACUAUCUGCGCACGGGGCACUCCUCGAAGCGCAUCGACGUGUACUCGCUCGGCAUCGUGCUACUUGAACUGCUCACCGGCAAGGGGCCGCACAAAGUCAACCGCCCCUACCGAUUCGAUGUGAAGGAUCGGUUUGACAGAGGGGGAUUACCAUCCAUAGUGGACCCAACCAUGGGCCUUUACCCUGCAGACGAGCUUCACCACGUCUUCGACCUCGCCCUUCGCUGCACCGACAUCCAGAACCCUGCCGCCCGCCCCUCUAUGUCCCGAGUUGUGGCUGAGCUAGAGGCUGUUCUUGAGCCGGAGGCGAUUUCCCGCUUCAUUUCCUCCGGACCGCCGUCUCACGAUUCGGCAGACUUCCGUACCGCGCCGUCAGGCUCGGGAGCUGGCCCGGGUGGGGCGGGGCUGACGCGGUUUGCCGGAGCUGGGAAGCAGGUGGGGCAGGGUGGUGGAGAAGGGGGGGCAGGUUUGGCGGCGGCAGGCUCGGGGGUGGAAGGUUUGGCAGUGGGAGGUACCGCAGGUGCAGCAUUGGCUGCAGCAAUCAGCUCUGCCUCUCCUUCUCGUUCUGACGCUGGUGAUUCUCCUCUCACCCCAGACCCCCCUAUCCCUCCUAACCGCUCUCAACCGCAACCCACCCCUGCUUGUUAUGCGCCUCUUCCUCCUCCAUCCUCGAAAAGAACACCGGGACCCCCAGCAUACAAGGGCAGAGCAGCAGGGGUAGCAGCAGCAGGUGCUUCUGAGGCCACUGGUGGGGAUAUCCGGGGUAUGAGGGAUAGAGAGCUUGAUGGUGCUUGUGUUCCAACAGGUCAAAAUGAUCCAAGAAGCACUGGGGGAACUUAUGUUGUGAGUCACGACGUAGGCGUGCAGAUGAAACCUGCACCAGUUGCCGCCUUCCGAGGGGCGUCGGCAGCUGCUGGGGGAGGCGCAACUGGAGCAGGUGUCAUUGUAGCAGGCGCAAGUGGUGGGAAUGCAGGUCGAAUUGGUGGUGGCGGUGGUGUUGCUGCUCCUAAUCAAGAAUACAGAGCAGGAGAGGGAUUUGGUGAGGGAGAAGGUGGAGGUGAGAGGGGUGAGGGGGGAUAUGAGGAGGGCUUGGAUGCGUCGUUUGAUUCUAGCGGAUUUGAUCGUAGCGGGGUGUUUAGUUAUGGGGCCAUGCCCCCGGCUUAG